GUGCAGUUCGGGAUGGUGGAAAUACUUUGUAGACUGGCGGUUGGUGCGAAGUAGCGUCCAUCUUGACAAAUCGGACAGUGGAGAUGAAUCUCCAUCUCUACCUUGUGUGCUCAUUCCCAUUAGCUGUGUACCUUAUUCCUCUACCUCCUCUUAUAAAUUCAAAGUAGGUCAUGCAGCAUUUGGAAGACAACUCCAAACGACUUGAACUGAGAAUCCCAUCACCCGUGAUCCAAAGCGCCGACUUCUACCAACUUCACAAUCAUGACCCGUCACGUCCUCAUCCUGGGAGGCCACGGCAAAGUCUCCCAGCUCAUCACCCCCAUCCUCCUCCGCAACUCCUGGACCGUCACGUCGGUGAUCCGCAGCGCCGACCAAGUCCCGACCAUCGAGAAGCUGAGCGCGGGAGUCUCGGCCGGCAAGCUCAACGUGCUGGUGCGCAGCAUAGAAGACGUAAAAGAGCAGGCGCAGGCGCAGGCCGUGCUGGAUGAAAUCAAGCCCGACACUGUAUUCUGGAGCGCCGGGGCUGGCGGGAAGGGGAAUCCAGAGAGGACAUUCGCAAUCGACCGUGACGCAGCAGUCCACUUCAUCCGAGCAGCGGCCGCCACGCCGUCCAUCCACCAGUUCAUCCUCGUCUCGUACCUCGCUUCCCGCCGCCAGCGCGCCCCCUGGUGGGACGACAAGACCUGGGCCGACGCCGAGAAGAUGAACACCAUGCUGGCGCGCUACUUCGCCGCCAAGGUCGUCGCCGACGAGGAGCUCAUCCGCCAGGGGGCCCGGCGCGACGACUUUGCGGCCAUCAGCGUGCGGCCGGGCGUGUUGACCGACGAGCCUGCCGGGAAGGUCGAGCUCGGCAAGACGGUGGGCGUGAGUGGGGAUACCAGUCGGGCUACCGUGGCGGAGGUGUCGGCUGCGUUGAUGGAGAGGGUCGGGGAGGCGAAGACGGGGUGGCUGGAUUUGCUCGAUGGGACGGAGGACCUGGAAGGGGCGGUCGAGAGGGUUGUGAGGGAAGGAGUGAAUGCUGCGGAGGGGGAUGAAGUGUUUGAGAACCUGAAGAAAUAGAUACGGUGCAGCGCCUGGAAGAAUGCGUGACGUGACCUCUUGCAAGGGGAAGAGGCGUAGGACGAGGGACCUGGAACACUGCGACAUUACAACCAUGACAUGGACUGCCAGUCAACACAAGAGAAACAUAUUUUUUAUUCUUAUCCAAAUGGGUAUCGUUAUGAGGAGGGAGGAGGAAGGGGGGGCUAUAAUCUACUGCGCC